GUGAAGAUAGCUUGGGUAUAAAAACGCGCCAACAGUAGAAGACUAGAAGACUAGAUGGUUCAGGUUUUUUCGAAGAAGAAGUAGAUCGGAGAUUGAGCCCAGAAGAAGAAACCGUUACCGUUUCUGAGAUGCAUGCUUCUCAUCUUGGCUACCAGAAAAGGCCACCAUAGAAGCACCCAAAGCUUCAGUUACAGAAAGCCACCCAUUACUCUUCCAAAGAUCUUUACUUUCAACUCUUUCCUCAAUCGGAAGCCAGUUUGCUUGGAUCAAGAAGCUUCCACCAGCCAAAAAGGUUUUCUUAUUUGUUUUUAUACACAGAUGUUAUUAUUUAAGAAGACAUUUGAGACUUGGAUUUAUAUAUGCUCCGUUUAUAUAGCAUUGAAGGAUGAACUAUGGACAUAGUUGAAACAUAGCGAAUCACCACAGUUCUAAGUAUUCAGAAGAACUAAAUUCAAAGAGAUUUUUGACCAGUCCAUCAAUUGGAGUACUCAAUGAAGGCAACAAUAAUGUUGUUAACUCGGAUUACUUUACUUUGUCAAAUUUAGUUAUAUAAUGUAUCCAGUGUUUAUAAUUGCUAUUAUAUUAAGCUCAAUCAUAUCAAUAAUAAAAUUCAGGCAAAUAACAGAAUAAACAGACCCGCAGCAUCGCGCGGGCUUCCUGCUGCCUAGUAUUUGUAAGUCUCUAACUCUAAGCCUACACAUAAUACCACGUCUUGCUGCCAUAUAGCAAAUCUAGAAGGGAGAGAGUUCGGGAAGAGAAGAGGAAAGGAAGAGAUCUAUUAAAAAGGAGACACUUCUCUACAUCUCUCUCUAAAUCUCUUAACCAGAAGAGAAACUUGGUGGGGGAAAUAAAAUGUGGGAAGAAGACCCAUCCAUUUUGUUCUUGAUGGCUACCCAAUUCCUUACUAACUACCUAUAGAGGAUAGAGGGAGCAGAGAGAGAGAGAGAGAGAAGGCUUCGAGGUCAGGAUGUUACAAAUGGUAUCAGAGCGGGGAUUAGUUCCCUUGGGAUUACCCUGCGGUGGAGGAAGAUCUAUGGUACCUUCAGGGCAAGUUCUGAUUGCCAAGCCUGAAUUUCACGAAACUCUGCUCGUCAGCUGACUUCGACGGCUAAACGCUCCAUCUUCUGGUACUCAGGUGAUCCUAACUUCUUCAUGAAAGUUGCUUAGAAUUGUGUCUUCUAAACUGUGUUCAAAUUUUAUUGUUCAAAUUUUAUGAAAAUCCAAUGGUUGGAUCUGCCCAAAUCAAGGUAAAACUAAUGACUCUUCAUACAAAUUUCUGGGUUGAGAUAAAAUGAUGAAUUGACUCCAAUUCGUGUUUUCAUGUUCUAUUUCCCUUUAAAAAAUCCGGAUUUACUUUCUAUUAAUCUGGGUUUCAGUCUAAUAGAUGCAGUUUAAGUUGCUCAAUGCUUGAUAUGUGAAAAUUUGGACAUUAGUGUAUUUCUGGUAUUGUUUAUCAUAAACUCUGGUUUGUUCAUACGGAAUUUGAUUAUUGCCUUUGUUUCUGACCCUUUGUAUUAUAAGAUAAUAAUUGCUCAAUCACUGAAUUACCACAGCUCAGACAUUUUAAGAUUUGCUUGAUACAUAUAUAUUUGUCUAGACACUUAUAUGUUUAUUGUAGAUGCAAGAUUUAGGAUUGUACAAACACAGUUCCGUGGUGAAGAGAAUGCCCCCAGUAAAGCAGAGUCCUAAGUAUUUAGUGUUCUGCUAUUGAUUUAUUUAGCUACUAUAUGGUAUGUAUUUAUGUAUAUUGAUAUUGGGUGGAUGUGAGGACACAAUAACCUUGGGACUGCAGGUAAGCUAAGGUAAACUACUCUUGGUUUAUUGAUUAUAGUAUAUGUCUUACGAUUGCAAGAAUUUUUUUUAGAUUCUUGAAAUCCACUUGUGUACAAUUAUCAUCAUCAAAUGCUAUAUGUAAUUAUGUUGUGGUCGCUGGGAGUCAUAGAGGGAUAAUAAGCCCUCAUUUGAUGACUGUUAUUCAUUUCAGUAACAUGUUUCCUAUGUCUGUACAAGUAUUCUAACUACGGGUAAGAGUUUGAAAUUCUUAAAUUAACACAUGGUCCUAUGGAAAGAAAACCUUGGUGCUUUAGGGUAGUGUACGUAUGUCAUCAAAAGUGAGAAGUUCAAUGGAUAAGUGGGUUGCUGCCCGAUCGUUUUACAUUGACAUAAGGACUUGUAAAGGAUUGUAAUAAAUUGUGCUUGGAUAUUCUUGAAGGUGAUUACUGACUCAUUUAUUGAGAGAUUGUGCACUUGUGCAGGAGUAAACCCAUUCUCGUAGAGAAGAGAAAAAGAAGAAGAAGAGAAUAACUGCAUUAGUUUCUGUUUUCUUGUAAAAGUUGAAAUUUCAGUUGUUCUUUUUACAUCUUUGAUGGUUGGCUUUUAUAUUCUAUGUAUUUGCAUGUGUAAUGAUGUAUGGGUGAAUGAAAGCUCGGGAAGGAUGCAAUAGUCUCCGGAAUGCAGUUAUAUAUUCGGAAACCUCAGGUUAGGACCAAUACUGUCAAGUUGGAGUCUAAAGUAGCAAUAAAUUCGUUGGAUAAUGUAGUUGCUUUUGGAACCAUUGUUGAAGUUGAUAUUGAGGCCAGCAUACAAACAAUCCUUGGUGUUCCAAUGGGAGAGGAAAAUGUGCGCGUGUCAGUCACCAAAGCUAUUGUUGAAGAUGCUUUGCUACAAUUUCCUCUCAAAGAUGAGAUUGUCAAAAUACGCGAUGCGAUUGGCACAUGUGUUGCUUGGCCUAAAAACUUGAUUAUACCACCCACAGUUGAGCAAAAGGGAGAAAAGCGUAAAAUUGUGAAGAAGAGAAAUAGAGACAUAUAUGAUGAUGAUCAUCAUGAUGACCUUGAAAACCUACCAGUCAAGUUGCCUUUACCCCUAAAGAUGUUGUGCCAAUGGGCCAACACAUUCUUAAAGGAUGGGGUCACCAUCCACACCAGUUUGGGAGAAGAGCUUUUCGGCCAUCCAAAGAAGGUAGCUAUCUUCAGGAGGGAUGUGUAUGCCAUGACCAACAUGAAGGAGAUAUUGAGCAGCUCAUUAGUGAUGUAUAUGAGCUACCUCCAUCAGGUUUUGAAGAAAACAAAGAUGCUGGAAAUGAACGCCUUCAUAGACCCUGCUCACACUGGUGCACUUGGGUGUGGAAACCCAACAGAACGAGCUCGUUCUCUAGCUGUUCGGUAUGGAAAUGGGAAGUCUGGCUAGGUUUUUCUAGUUCCCUAUAACUCAGGUUAUGAACCCCGGUGAAGAGGUAGUGCACUUUAUGGAUCCAUUAAAGAGGCGACUCAUCACCAGUGAAUGGAGAACUAUUGUGGAAGAGGCAUUCCGGAGCAGUUGGGCCAUAAAACUUGUGGACUUGGAUUAUGCAUUACAUGAAAGACAUAGUGGAGGACAAAAAUCAAUAGUGGAGUGCUAAGUGGGAAAGGAAAGCAAUUAAAUCACUUCUACACACAAAAAGACAUUGAUCAGGUCCGGGCCGAGUGGGCAAAGUAUGUUAGCCAGUUUCAACAAAGCUAGUGUGUCGAGAUAGAUUCUAAUUUUGGACAUGCAUCAUCUAUAACCUAUAUUAACUAGUUAUACAAUUGGUCUAAGUAUCUAUUUUUGGCCUGCAAGUAUAGUGUAUGAUCAGUAGUAUGAGAUAUCAGUGUUUUUUAGGUUACAUUUGUUGAUCAUGCUAACUGCAAUGGGUUAUUGAACAGAUAUUUACUAAGUUUAGCUUCAUUAUGGAUGUAUGUAUAGCUGCAGGAACAAAUUGAUCAAAUAUUGGUAUUUUUGUGAAUGGAUUCCAUAUUUGAUGAAUGCAUUGUGUAGU